AUGGAUAUCAAAUACUUAAUGCUCUUGGAGUUGCUUGGCAUGCUGUUUCUCCUUAGCUAUACCCAAGCUAAUCCAAAAUACGAAGUCAAUCCAAAAGCUUAUGCUGAGAAAUCGCAAUGGAGUCGCUCGUACCCCAGUGAAAACAAAACUCAAUUUAAUGAACCACAAACAGCAUCAACUAAGGAUAGACUAGAACGCCUGGGCUAUACUACUGGAUAUGGCAGCCUGAAUGGAUACCCAGGUGGCACUGGACUUUCUGCAUAUAAUCCUAUAAAGCUGGAUCUUGGAGGUGUUGUGCUGGGCACUCUUGUUGGCAUUGGUGCCAUUAUACUUAUACCCAAGCUGCUGUCCGCCUUUCAUGGUGGCUAUGGCGGCUAUGGACGCAGCGAAGACGACAAUGAUUUAUCUUCACUAUCCAGCAUGAUAAACAAAAUUGACGAUGUGCUAGGCCAAAACAACAUUGACUCAACCAGUUGCAUGCAACGUGCUGUCUGUGGCUAUGUCCGUUCUACGGAGAGCAACAUGAAGGCUGGAGUAUCGGACCAGAUGGACGAAUUCAUUCAUAUGCUGUCCGAAAAUUCUCUAGUAGACUAUUUUCUAGACGGUACGGCCAUAAAAGAGGCAUUGGAGCAUGGAAAAGAGACAAAUGAUAGACCGUGCGAAGAACUGUAUGCAUCAUGUCCAUUGGAUAGCAAAUCGGCCACAAAUAUACUUAUGAAACUACUGCCCAAGAAGCAAGCAAAGAGCAAGUCUUCACCACAAUCAAAAAUGUCGUAA